UCUAUGUACCAGUAUUGUCCUUGGUUUGUUAGCUGAUCUCCUACUGACUCCAAGCCCUGGGUCUCCUGCUGGGAGGAAGGGCAGGGAUAUAAAUCAAAUAAUAAAUAAGCCUGAUCCCAGGCUACCCUGCACCAGCCUCUGGACUUGCCCUUGGCCUGCUUUGCCCAUUGGUUGACUGGACCCUGACGUUGGACUGCUCUCACCUUGCCUCUUGCCUCACCCUUUGUUGUGGGCUCUGCUCAUUUCGACCCUGACUUUGGAUUGGCCCGGGACACUGCUUUGGUCAUUUCCCAUGAUGGUGGUGUUGCUGGCAAAUCUCUUGCUUCCUUAGGAGCCUAGUGAGAACAGGACACAGGAAGAGUGUGAUCUUGCUGAUUCUUCUGGAUCUCUUGGCACCUCUUAGUAUCAUUGACCCAUGGUAUCAUUCUGGAAUGACUGACAUGGUCUAGGGUGCUGAAUUACAAUGGUUCUACGCAUUUGCAUUAGAUUUCAGAAAAUCGACUGGACUGGGGGAACUCACCUUGGGAAGCCCAUAGAUGUCGAUAUUAUUCUCCAUGUUUCAAUAUCUACAUAGAACUACUGGUGAAAAUGCUGGCAUCAAAAAUCAUGAGGAAAAAUUCCUGAGGGAUGAAACAAGAGAGGCAGAAUAUAAAAUUUUAAAUACCUGGGACAGCAUACCGGUUAUGCAUGCACCAGUGACAAUCAGAUUUAAACCUGGUGAUCAAGGCUUAGUAAUGGAAGUGAAUUCCUUAUUCUUUGAUGACCCUCCAGCUCCAUCUGGUGAACCUGGAAAGCCAUUUGAUGGCCUAUGGGACUUUGAAGUGGCUGAAUCUUUCUUCUUGAAUAGUGCAACAAGAAACUAUCUGGAAGUGGAACUCUGCCCGCAUGGCCAACAUCUUGUAUUAUUUCUUUCUGGAGGAGACUGUCUGGAAAAAGGACUUGCAUUGGCAUUUAAAGCAGAUAUAAAUGGGGGCAACUGGAAUGGCACAGCAAUUAUCCCUUGGAACUACUUCCCGCCUGGUGUAGAUAAAAUGAAUUCAUAUGCAAUCCACGGGUCUGGGAUUGGGAGAACAUACGAGGCACUUUAUCCAAUACCACGAGAAGAGAUAGAAGAAGGACAAGGCCCUAACUUUCAUUGUCUAGAAUACUUCAAAGAUUUCAGUCUGAAGGACAUCAUGGGAGAUGACUGGAACCAACCUCCAUCAGAUCUGUGGCCAUAACUGCAGCAACCUCUAAAGCCCAAUCAGUAAUGAAGAAAAAAGUCAUAAAACACGUAACGUGUUAUGGUUAAACAUGAGAUGUCAAAUAUAUAGUGUCCUCAUAUUGUUAAUGGGUCA